GAUACCCAUCUGAAUUGGCAAAAAGCAUGAAUUUCCUGCGGAAAACUUGUCGAUUUGGUCUUCAAACGUACUCAAAAUGGCAACAGAUGCGUAAUGUUCAGCGUCGGAGCAGAGAUAUGACAAUGCCCUUGCUGACUGGAAGAGGAAACACCUUGACAUUCUCUACUUUUUCUGGUCCUUUAAGGUGUGAUGAUGAGCCAGGCAAGAAGGAAAUGGAAGACCCGAAAUCAGAAGAUGAUGUAGUGAACAUCACAUACAUUGACCGUGAUGGAGACAAGAUAAAAAUCAGGGGAAAAGUUGGUGAUAAUGUGAUGUAUUUGGCACAUCGGUAUGACAUCGACUUGGAAGGUGCCUGUGAAGCAUCUCUUGCAUGCUCCACAUGCCAUGUUUAUGUCAAGGAGGGGUAUUUUGAAAAGUUACCUGAACCGUAUGAAGAAGAGGAGGAUAUGUUAGAUCUUGCUUUUGGUUUACAGGAAAACUCACGUCUUGGCUGCCAGAUCAUAUUAACCAAGGAAUUGGAUGGAAUAGAAGUGACUUUACCAAAUGCUACUAGAAACUUUUAUGUGGAUGGACAUAAACCAACACCUCACUGAUGCUGUAGCUUAUUUAAGGACUUGAAUGUUGUACUGUGCUACUGUUGGUGAAGAUGGCGAUAUCAACAUAUUUGGACUCUCAAUGAGAUAAGCUAGUCUGAAUUGAAUUGAUUGAAUUAAAUCAUUUGAUUUUUAUGAGUGUGUUCCGACUUGUUCUGAAUGCCAAGUUACUAAUGUGCUCAGACAUGGCUGUUGGGAGUGUUGUUGCAGCAUAGUUGCAACAUGCAAAGGUAUGCCAGUAUUCCAUGUUACCUUGGGUGUGCACAUUUUGAGAACUUCUCUGGAAGUGACCAUGUAUACAACCAAGAAUGAAGGAAAACCCUUUGAAAAUUGAAGCAUGAUCUGUGUGUCUUGCAUUCAUAUUGGAGGAGGGAUGACACUUGCAGAACUGGGACUGUUAAAACACCUCGCAUAUCAAAUGGUUCCAGAGCCUUUGACCUGUCUUUCUUUCAACGCAUUUCUUCAAACUUCAGGUAGUUCAUGUUAAUAUGGAGGUUUCUGUGGUUGUAAUCAGUCCUUAUUCUUGAAAUACUAAACUCGGCUGAUAAUUUCAAAUGUACUUUAUUGUAACAAAAACUACAGAUAGAAACCGUGAUAUGUACAGAUCUGCUGUAAAUAACUAUUUACAAAAUAAAUUUGUUUAAAACAUA